GGCCAGUCAGCCACCAUUCCCAAAAAGAUAUUCUUUUAACUUUUGAAACCAACGAGGGUUUCUCUGGUUUCAAUCUUCGCCAUCCCAAAACCAGAGCAAACCACCGCUACCGCCCCACUACCGUCGCUGCGUCACAACCCUCGAUCUCAUCUUCCCCGCAUCUCUUUAUCAAGGUAAUUUUGUGAAUAGAAUGGGGGCAUUUGUGUCAAAAUUCUGGUUCAUGUUGUUUCCUGCAAAGGAGUAUAAGAUUGUUGUUGUUGGAUUGGAUAAUGCUGGAAAGACCACAACUCUUUACAAAUUACACUUGGGUGAGGUGGUCACCACACAUCCUACCGUUGGGAGCAACGUGGAGGAGCUCGUUUACAAGAAUAUUCGAUUCGAGGUGUGGGAUCUUGGUGGGCAAGAAAGGCUGAGGACAUCAUGGGCAACUUAUUACAGAGGAACUCAUGCUGUUAUUGUCGUGAUAGAUAGCACUGACAGAGCCAGGAUCACAAUUAUGAAGGAUGAACUCUUCAGGCUGCUUCAACAUGAUGAUCUUCAAAAUUCUGUCAUUCUCGUCUUUGCAAACAAACAGGACAUCAAGGAUGCUAUGACCCCUGCUGAGAUCACGGAUGCCCUUUCUCUCCACAGCAUCAAGAAUCAUGAUUGGCAUAUCCAAGCCUGUUGUGCCCUCACCGGGGAUGGCCUGUACGACGGUUUGGGGUGGAUUGCCCAGCGGGUUACAGGAAAAGCCCCAAGUUAGAAAACAAAGAAAUAAAAAAGGAUGGUCUUUUUUUUUUUUUUUUUUGCAUAUUUUAUUUUACCAUGGAGUUGGAGAUAAGAGAAACAAAAGCCUCGUAUGUACAAUCUAACAAUAUGACAAGCUAUUUCUAAGCAAAUUUGUAGAUUGUUUUCCA